AAAAGGUUGCUGAACUGCUGUGAAUGAAAACAAUUUUGAGGAAUGGACUGGUACAUGGUGUCCAUUUGAGCACCUGAGUUGUUAGGAGUGGCAUUCAAUCGACUAUUGCUCCAUCCUCCAGCCACGGAGCUGGUACCCGUGGCUAAACCGAGUUGGGAGACAUGCCGCGACCUAAUGUGACAGGAAUUUCUCCCAGGGAAGGCAGACCUGGCCGUCAGAUCACGAUUCGUGGAGAAAAUCUCGGUGUGGAUGGCAGCGAUGUGAAGAGCAUCAGGAUCGUCGGCUACGAGUGCGUGCACUUCGCCGAGUACCAGUCGUCCAGCAAGAUCCUGUGCCGCGUGGGCCCAGUGCCCGGAGAAGGCGAUGUGAUUGUCACCACGCGCAGCGGCGGCGAAGGCACGUGUACCGUCACGUUCCGAUGCGACACGCAGAACAUCGAUCCCAUGGAGGAGUUAUCAGUAUGGGUGGAUGAACCUGAUCCCUAUGCCAUCAAGGCCAAGAAGAAGGUCUUCACUCAUCAGAAAGAAGUCGAUCCACUUGGCACACAGAAGGCGUUUCCCAGGAUACCAUCGGCAGCGAAUCAACUGGACCAACUCUACCCGGAUGGGAGCUCAGACUUGAUGAACGAAAACUUUAACCCAGCCCGGUUUCUGAUCGAGAGGCAUCGAACCACGCAUUUUGAGGAGCUGAGUCUGGGACUGGUUCACCUGAAGAAAGUAAACAUGCAACUCUCCGUCGGUCCUAAAGCGCUGGUCAAGAACAACUUGGAGACGUUCAUUGAGUGCCACGAGACCUUGACUGCUAUGCAUCAGCUGUUGUUGAGAAACGAGAGCAUGAGCGAAGGCGGCAGCCUCACCGAGAAGCUAGAGUUCAUCCUCAAAGAUACGGUCAAGUGUGCAGAAGAUCUCUUCCACGACGUGCUGUCACGCAAGGACCGGGCCGACUCCAUGCGUAACGCUCUCAACAUCAUGCAGCGGUUCCGCUUCCUCUUCAGCCUGCCGCGCAACAUCGAGAAGAACAUCAAGAAUGGAGAAUACGAAAUUGUCAUCAACGAUUACGAGCGUGCCAAGUCUCUCUUUGCGGACACUGAGGUGCAGGUCUUCAAGAAAGUUCUUACUGAGGUGGAGACGCUCGUGAAGAAUUUCCGAGGACAGCUGCUGAAAAAGCUGCAAGAGCUGCCCUCGACAUUGGAUGAGCAGAAGAGACUAAUUCGGUACUUGAUGGAGCUACAUGCUGAAGGAGAUCCAGCGUGGGCAUGCAUCCAGCAUCAGCAAGAGUGGCUCAUCCGCCUCAUCCUCAGCUGCAAGGCGGACUAUCAAUGCGGGGACCAUAUAACUGCUGAGAUGGACCCAAUCAUAGUCACUGGAGCUGGUAUUCCUCAACUAAACAUCCAAGUGGAUUCUAUUGACAAUCCGCCUAACAACACCAGCUCUACUGACCGAGGUUUUGGCAAGGACGAUGCGAAGACCCCGCAGCUGGUUCUGUUCGUGGAGGAGCUGUCGGCGCUGGUCACUGAGAGUCUUCCGGACCUGUGGCGCCUUGCCCAGGCCUACUUUAGCGGCUCUCUGGUUCAGGGUAUGGAUUCGUCCAAGUUGAGGAACAGGACGCCACAAGGAGAGAAGAAAUUUCAGUCUAUGAUCAACGCCAUCACAAACCUCUACUCUGACCUGAUUCGCGCCUCAUUCUUCCCCGGAUUUCUUGAGGAGCUCAUGGGUGGCAACCGGGGGAUGAAGGAGCGGCGUGAAGCCAUCGGUGAAUACGAGCCGUUCGAGGACUGCCAGCUGGAGCGAUCCAGUGCCUGGCUGCCAUUCUGCGUACGGCAAAUCCGGUCGACGCUGAACACGCUGCAGGACAUGUCGCUGAAGCCGGAGGUGCUGCUGUGCAUCGCCGAGACCGGUAUUGUGCUGCAGUCGCACUGUGCCAAUGUGCUUACUCAGCAGACUGUCCUUGAUAUUCGUAAUCUGCAUGUGAGAGAGAAUUGGAAGGUGGAAACAGACGAAGGUGGCUGCAUCACCAGCCUGCCCAUCCUGUUUGAGAACCGUAUCAUGGACUGGGUUCUAUCACUGAAGGAGGUCAUACUGGAUGACUCUGGACCAGCAGUGCACGAAGGGAAGCAAAAGUCGCUGGAGGUGCAGUCGACCCAGCUAUUCAUCAAGGUCUUGUGUGCGUUUGCUGGUUGCCUGAACAGUCUCACGCUGUCCGAGAACACCAUAGUGAGCGAUGAAGAAACCGGUGCUCCACGUCAAUCCAUUGCGUACGCUGCGUCAUCGCUGCUGGGUGGCCACGAUGUUGUGGAGGAUGCACCGACAUUGACUCAGCAGCUACUGAUUGUCAUGAGCAACUGCUCCUACUGCUACGAUGUGGUCAUUGCUCGCCUGGCAAAUUUCUUCGAAGGUCAUGGCUACCCCGGUGGCAACGAGGCCAAAGUGGCGGCACUAGAAGCGCUGCGUGAGGUCGAUGACAAGGCGUUUGAUCGGUACAUCGAGCUGAGGAGUCAGCCCAUCAUGGCGCGGCUCGAGGAGGGUAUCUUCUCCGGCGGCUACAACUUUGCAGAGUGCGCUAGACCGAAAGGUGUUCGACCUUAUCUAAAGGACAUGCUGCUUGAACUUGUACGCGUGCAUCUUGAGGUAUUCUCUAUCUCCACGUCUCUGGUGCGGCGCGUUCUGACAGCGUUGCUGGACAUCAUAGCCGAGACACUGUACAUUACGCUGAAGGAGAAAGUGCCUGAGUUCAGCACCAACGGAGCUCUGCAGGCUAAGCUGGAAAUCCUUGCUCUGGAGCAGAGUCUCUCAGCCUACAAGAGUGAGGAGUCAAUUACCCACCUGAAGAUGUCCAAGGACCUGCUCAGCCAUGCGGAUAUCAGUGCAGAUGACCAAGUUGUGCUACUUGACUUAGUCAUGGAGUUCCGCCAAGCCAAUCUCCUACAGCUGCUCUGCUUCGUGCCGACGAGAAGAACUUCAGCGAAAGGCCGCCGAUAGCACAGUCCGAUUGACCUAGUUUUAUGCUCAACACCCCCCCCCCCCCACCCCGUACAUAUUAUCUAGCCUCUUAUUUUUUGGAUAUUUCUUGUUUACUUUAACCCGCUUCCUAUGCUUUAACCUUCCCCAUGCUUUACUGCUCGCCGCACGGGGAUGCGUUCAGACCGAUGCUACCCGCACAAUUGCCGACCCGAAGGUGGCCGCGCUGUCUCGGACUGCUUCAACUCGCCCAGCCACUCUCUCUCUCCUGUGUACAUACUGCCACCGCCCUGUGAAUAGCCAGCCUUCUUCCCCUCCCCGGACGCACUGUGCUCUAUAUCGUACACUGUGCUGGUACCGUAGCGUCUUCUCUCGCGUUGCGCUUCACCGUUUGCCCGCUCUUGUUUUGCGCUAUGCUUCGCAGAGAUGUUCAAAUUUAUCACGAUCUAUCACUGUAGUUAUUUUCUUCUUCUUUUUUUUCUUCUUCUGCGCAGUUACACUGCACACACACACUGGCCUGUACAGAGACUUGACAAGACAAUGCAGUGCUUGCUGCACCCACAGGA